AGUUAAGAGACUUUUAGACGAGGAGGUUCAACAAUACUCUUUGGGUUACUCUGAGGACGGGAGCACGAUUCAGCUCGAUUUCCUGGGCAAGGCAAGCAUUACAUGAAGACCACGGCCGGAUUCGUGCUGAGCGUCUAUACAUAGGUUCGGUUGGUUGCCCAGUGGCGUCUCAUGGAAGAGGGACUUGAUGCCCUGCGGUCCGACGAUCCCCGCAAGCGAGCAUUCAGGUUGGCCAUCGCAACCGUGACGGAAUAUGGGGGUGUCGAGAUGAAGUGGAAGUACCCUGGCUGGGGAUGUACUGAAGAGGACAUAAGCCAGAUACUAGACGAUUCCUCGCCGGCUUUAUUCGAUCCUGAAACUGCUUUUGCUAGGCAUGUUCAGGAGCUUAAGCGCAUUAUUGAUCCCCCAGACGUCUUCAACGAAGCCCAGUCCAUGAUCAAGAAACUGGAGUCUCAAGAGCCUGUACAGGAUGAGGCGCCAUGGUCAUACUUCCUCUGUGACAGUGCUGGGGAUAAUCGGCGGAUGGAAGACCGGCAAUGGACACCUCUGAGGAAGCCUAGCGACUUCGGGACAAUGAAGCACUUGGCCAAGCAGCAAAAGAAGGUUCCGGUACUUUUAAGACCGUGGCAAUUACGCCUUUACCUCGUCUGGCGCCAGAUCCGUCAGUUGCAGGAGCGACAAACGCAGUACCACACCGAGCUCUACAACAUAGCACUCGAGGCGGAUCCGAUUGCCAAGGCCUUUUUCGAUGAUAUUGGUGAUAACACAGUAUCCCCUUGGGAUUACUUGCGCUGCUCAGAGUGCGGUCAACCCUUCGAUAGGACAUCAGCGAACUGGAGUGAGGACUGUAGCUGCAGAUCUAGAAACGCCUGAUAGUCGUCGUGUAACCGCUGGAGAGGUUUGUUGUCGUUAGGACAGGAAGGCACCCAACAGUGACCGGUCUGUUGCAUUGGAUGCAUCGCAUCUACAAGACUUGGG